CUUUUAGGCCAUUUUCUUCGUGAACAUUUUCUUUUUUUCAAUCAACAAAAAUAACAUAACAACAUGUUUAUGCCUCAACAACCUACUCUUACACCUGAACAAAAAAUGAUGUUGCGCCAACGUACUGUUGGUACUCUUGCCAACUUUGUUAUUGUUGUAUGUGCUCUCCGUGCUGCUCCAUUCGCCAUCGAUCAAAUCAAAAGAUUCUUUUAGACUUCCUUAUCUUCCUGCUCGCUCUUUAUCUCUAUUAUAUACAACACUUUUGUUAUAGAAAUAGCGAUAUUUCCUCCCUUUCUUCAUUUUUCCCUUUAUUGUAUAUUCUUCAUUACACCAAUUUAUGAUAGAUCUUUUGUCAUAGUCUAGUCCUCGUUUCUUUUUUUUAAAGAAAUUUUACUUCACUUGUCAAUAAAAUUGUGAUACAUAUUUAUACUACA